UGAAGGCAUUUCUCUUGUUGCCUUCUCUCCCUCUUCCUCCUCCUCCGACGAUUCAUCUAGGACAUGGCCAUAAGCCUGUCAUUCUAAUUGCAAAUAUUACAAGGAUUGAAGAGAGAAGGCAUAAACAAGAGAGAGAGAAAACAAAGAGUAAUUCAACCUACUACGAGAAGAAACAGAGGAAAAGAGAUUAUUGAAGGUGAGGCGAAGACCUUUUUUAUCAUAGAAUUCAUCAAAAUCUAGAAAACAAUAACAAAAAAUUCAAAAAAAAUGAAUGACUUGUUCUCUCCUUCACUUAAAAAGUAUCAGGACCUGAAACAACAGGUCCAGAUGGAUGAUCUGGAAGCCGGUGCCGGAGGCAUCGGUCCAUCCCAGAACGAAAGCAUUGACCUUGCUAAGUUCUUUGAGGAUGUAGAGAAUGUGAAAGAGGAUAUGAAGGAGGUUGAGAAGUUGUAUAAACGAUUGCAAGAAUCAAAUGAAGAGAGCAAAACUGUGCAUAGUGCCAAAAAAGUGAAGGAAAUUCGGGCUCGAAUGGACUCUGAUGUGACACUUGUCUUGAAACGUGUCAAGAUCAUCAAAGGAAAACUCGAAGCCCUAGAAAGAUCCAAUGCAGCAAAUAGGAAGACCCCAGGCUGUGGUCCAGGAUCCUCUGCCGAUCGAACCAGGACUUCUGUAGUUAGCGGUUUAGGGAAGAAGCUGAAAGUUCUCAUGGAUGAUUUCCAAGCAUUGAGAGCGAGAAUGAAUUCAGAAUACAAGGAGACGGUGGCAAGAAGGUACUUCACUGUGACAGGAGAGAACGCAGACGAUGAACUUAUCGAUAAUUUGAUAUCAAGUGGAGAAAGCGAGUCGUUCCUCCAGAAGGCGAUUCAAGAACAAGGAAGGGGACAAAUUAUGGACACAAUCUCAGAAAUUCAAGAAAGACACGAUGCUGUGAAAGAAAUAGAGAAGAAUUUGAUUGAGCUACACCAAAUUUUCCUAGACAUGGCUGCACUAGUGGAAGCACAAGGACAACAAUUGAAUGAUAUAGAGAGUCAUGUGGCACAUGCAAGUUCAUUUGUUAGAAGAGGAACAGAUCAACUCACAGAAGCUAGGGAGUUGCAAAAAAGCUCAAGAAAAUGUGCAUGCAUUGCCGUUCUCCUUAUCGUUCUGCUUAUUGUUGUCCUUACUUUUCCACUUUGGUCUCCAUUAAUUACUAGCCGAUUGUAGAAGAUAUUAAGAUUAAAACAAGAGGAAAAAAGACCCUUUUGGCAAUAUUCCUUGUAAGAAUUUAUUUUAUUUA